AUGACAAAAGGAAAUACAAUAUUGAUAGAUCAUAUUAAUACGACUAUUAUAAAAGAUGAAGAAGAAAAAAAAGAAAUGGUUCCAGGAGAUCACUGUUCAAAUUCAUCAACACCACUCUCUUAUAAUGAUGAACCCAACAAGUUAAGUAAUAAAGAAAAAAAGAAAUUAGAAUAUCAAAAAAGAAUACAAAAGAAAAAAGAGAAACAACUUAAAAAAGUUCAGAAACUAAUUACAAAAACACAAUCAGGAUCUUUAAGUUAUUUGAAGAAUAAUAUUGUUAGUUCGUCUGUAUUUAAUAAAUUAAUAGAUGAAAAAAAGAAAGAGGGAAAAAAUAAUGACGCAAAUAUGAACAGUGAUAAUAUAAAUGACACAAAUGAUAUAUAUAAUAAUAAUAAUAAAAAAAAGAACAAAAAAAAUAAGAUUAAAAAUAAUAAUAUGAAUAAUAUGAAUAAUAUGAAUAUACAAGAAUAUUCUUCUGAAUCAUCACUUGAAAAACAUAAAGGAAAAAAUGAUUUAUGCUCUCACUUAGAAAAUAUAUCAAAAAAAAAACUGAUAAAAAAAUUAAAAAAUAAAAAUAAACAUGCCAAGGAAAUUGAAAAAAAAAAUCUAUUCAAAAAAAUACAAGAACUCAAAUUAAAUAAUACAGAACAAAAAAAUUUAAUGAUACCUUUUGAUAUAAAAAAUAUAUCGAAAAAUAAUGAACACUUAGACAAACUUCUAAAAACAUACGAAGAAUUAAAUAUUGAAUUACCACAUUAUUUAAAAAUAAUUAAAACGAAGAUAGAGAAAAAAAGGAAACGAUAUCUUGACAAAAUUGAAUACCUAAAGGAAGAAAAAAAUGUACAAGAAAAAGAAACUAUUAAAAGUGAAGAAGAACAAUGUGAUAUAAAAAAAAAAAAUAAAAUUAAUAGUUUUAAAGAACAAUCACAAAAUUAUAUAGAAACGAAUAAUAUCGAUGAAACGUAUACGGAUCAAAAUACUAAUAUUUUAAAGUCUGAAUCUAGUGAUGAGGACUAUAAAAAAAUGAAUUCCCACAAUAAUUACCAUGACAGUGAUAUGGAUGAUGAAAGUAUUUCUUCAUAUCAUAACAGUGCAGAGGAAAAAGAAAAGGAUUUAAAUAAAAAUAUAAAUAACAACAAUAAUAAUAAUAAUAGUAAUAUAUGUAAUGAUGAUAAAAGAAAAGUGUGUUAUAAAAAUAUACAGGUGAACCGAAAAGAACAUAUUGAUAAAGUUAGGUUAUCUCUUCCAGUAUUAGAUUAUGAACAAGAAAUUAUAGAAGCUGUCUUAAAUUAUGAUGUAGUUUUUAUUAACGGAGAUACUGGAUGUGGUAAAUCAACACAAGUACCUCAAUUUUUAUAUGAAUAUGGUUUUACCUCAAAUAAUUAUUUUAUUGGUAUCACUCAACCAAGAAAAAUAGCUGUCAAAAGUAUUUGUAAUAGAUUAAACGUUGAACUAAAUGAAGAAAUUUGUGGUUAUCAAAUUAGAUUUGAAAAAUCGUAUUUUUUAAAACAGAGUAAAAUGAAGGUUAUGACAGAAGGUAUUUUAUUAAAAGAAAUUAUGAGUGAUUUUAUUCUAUCAAAAUAUAGUGUUAUCAUUCUAGAUGAAGCACAUGAAAGAAGUAUAAAUAUGGAUAUUAUUUUAGGAAUCUUAUCUAUAAUUUGUAAUAUUAGAAAUGAUAAUUAUUAUAAUUUCAAAUCAGAUAUUAUUCCUAUCAAGAUUAUAAUAAUGUCUGCAACUAUUAAUGAUAAUAAUCUUUUUAAAAAUAAAAUCUUCCAAAAUUAUACUACUGUAAAUAUUCCAACUCAAAAAGUACCAGUUGUAGAUCACUUUCUUUCUUAUACACCUAAAGAUUAUGUUGAAGAAGCAAAAAGAAAAAUUAUUCAAAUACAUAAAAAGCUUCCACAGGGUAGUAUUUUAGUUUUCUUAACAAGCCAAGAAGAAAUAUAUCGUUUAUAUAAUAUGCUAUCAAAUUUAAAAAUAACCAAUUUGAAGUGUGAGGAACAAGGAGAAAAUAAAAUUAUGGACGAAGUUAAUUUUGAUGUAUUUGAUUUAAGUGAAGAUGAGCAAAAUAAGGAUGAAAAGGUAAGUUUGUUUUUUAGAGAAACUGAUGAAAAUAAAGAGAAGAAAAUUUUGUUCGACGUAUCAGAGGAAGAGGAUAGUGUCGACAGUGAUAAUAAUAAUAAUAGUGAUGAUAAUAAUAAUAAUAGUGAUGAUCAUAACAAUAGUGAUGAUCAUAACAAUAGUGAUAAUAAUAAUAAUAGUGAUGAUGAUAACAAUAGUGAUGAUAAUAACAAUAGUGAUGAUCAUAAUAAUAGUGAUGACCAUAACAAUAGUGAUGAUAAUAAAAAAAAAAAUAUUAUUAUAAAUACAAACAAAUUAAAUAAUAAUACAAAAAAAACCUCCAGCAUUUGGAAAGGAAGUGAUGGCUCAGGUACCCUAAAAGUUUUUAAAUUGUAUUCUAAUUUGCCAAUGAAAGAACAAAUGAAAUUAUUUCAUAACCCUAAAGAAAAUGAACGUAUAUGUAUUUUAAGUACUAAUAUUGCUGAGACAUCACUUACACUACCAAAUAUACGUUAUGUUAUAGACUGUGGUAAAGAAAAAAGAAAAAUAUAUUCAAAUUUAAAUGAUUAUUCAUAUUAUAUAAUUGAUAAUAUUAGUAAAUGCUCAGCUAUACAAAGAAAAGGUAGAGCUGGUCGAAUUUUAUAUUUAUUAAAAAAAAAUAAAAAGAAUAAAAAAAAAAUGGAAAAUGAAAAAGGACAUGUAUAUAAAUUAUAUUCAUCUAAUUAUUAUAAUUAUUUUUUUAAAAAUGAUAAUGAUUAUCCAAUAUUAAAUUAUCCUCUCGAUUCUUUAAUUUUAUAUUUAUUAAGUUUUAAUAUAAAAAAUGUUGAAAAUUUCCCUUUUAUUAAUAAACCUGAUAAAUCUAAAUUUAUUGAAGCAAAAAAAAGAUUACUAUAUCUUAAUUGUAUUCAUUUUGUAUAUAAAGAUAUUCAAUUCCUUUUUAAACACAUAGAUCCAAAAAAAUGCCUAAAAAAUAGUAUACAAUUUCAUAUAAACAAAUUUAAUCCUCAUAAUAAAAAAGAUGGAAUAACAUUGACAGGAAGUUUUAUAUUAUCAUUACCAAUAAGUACCAGAUAUGCUAAAAUAUUUACAGAUGUUUGCUUAAAAUCAUUAGCUAUGAAACAACUACAUACCAUACCACUAGCAGCAUUAUUAGUUUCUUCUUUAUACCUCGAAUCUAUCUUUUCCUAUGAUUAUAAACUUAAAAUGAAAUAUAUAAAAAAAAAAAAAACAAAAAAUAAUAAUAAUAAUAAUAAUAAUUUAACACUUCAUCAUCAUAAAGAAGAAGAAGAAAAAAAAAAAAAAAAUCAUAACAAUUUGAUAAACUUAUUUUUAGUAAACAAAAAAAAUGAAAAAGACACAUACACACACAGUGAUGAUGAUGAUGAUGAUGAUGAUACAUUAUCAAGUUCUAAUAAUGAUAUCUCUGAUGAUAAUCAUAAUAAUUUUAUAAAUAACAUCAAUAUUGAUGAGCUCGAAAAUUUUAAAGAACAGUUUGAUAAUGAUAUACUUUUUUAUUUAAAUAUUUGUAUAAAAUUUUAUUUUUCAAAAGACAGAAAUACAACAUGUCAAAUUAUGCAUCUUGAUAAAAAAAAAAUGAAUGAAUUGUUAAAAUUAUCAAAUCAUUUAUUAAAAAUUAUAAAUUAUAAAUUAAAUAUAAAUAUAUCUUUAGAUAUGUUAGAACAAAAUAUUUCUGAUAUCUCAAAAAAUAUUAUUCAUUAUGCAGUUAUACAAGGAUUCAUUGAUCAUCUAGCAAUUCGUUCAGAUCUGGUUCAUAAUGAAUAUGCAAGAAAUCAAAAUAUUAAUUAUAAUAAUAAAAAGGCAUAUAUAACUCAAAAUAUGAAUAUACCCAUAUAUAUAAAUUCAACGUCUGUAUUAUAUAACAACAGACCUUAUCCUAAAUACAUUCUUUACAACUACAUCACAAAAAACAGAAACUCCUAUGUUAUGUUUGACUGUUUAAAAAUCAACGAUUCAGAAUUAGGAAGUAUUACUAAUGUUUGUAUUUUUAUAAAUGAAUAUGAAAAAAUCCCACCAGCAAAAUAUGAUAAAGAUAAUGAUAAAAUUAUUGUUUAUAUAAAACCAUUAUAUCUACCUUCUUCUCAUUACUUAUCUAUAACAGAUAAAGAAUUAAAUGAAAAAGAUUUUCUUUUUUAUAAUUAUUUUGCAUUAUUUAUAUUAGAUGGAUCCAUGUUUUUAAAAAUGACAAAAUUUCAAAUAUUCUAUUCACAUACAACCUACGAUAUAAUUAAUUCUGCGCAAGAAAAUAUUAAAAGCUUUAUCGAAGCCUUAAAAAAUGCCCAAAUAAAUAAUAGGGCUUCCUUAAUAACUAAAUGGAAGGAAGAUAGGGACUUUCUGAAAGACGAAUUUUUAUCCUUGAUUGAAAAAAAAUUUAAUAAAAAUCAAAAUGAUUUUUUUAAUAAUAAUUGGCCACCCUUGGAUUAA